AUGAAUAAGGUAAUGUUAUCAUCAAGUGGUUCAUUAAAGUUGCAACCUCCAACUUAUGGUAAACUCAUAACAAUUUUAAGUAUCGAUGGAGGUGGCAUUAGAGGAAUUAUUCCAGCAACUAUUCUUGAAUAUCUUGAAUCUCAACUCCAGGAAUUGGAUGGUGAGGAUGCAAGACUUGCAGAUUACUUCGAUAUAAUAGCAGGAACAAGUACAGGUGGCCUUGUUACAGCCAUGUUAACAGCUCCAAACAAAGACAAACGUCCUAUGUUUGCUGCUAAAGACAUAAAGCCAUUUUAUCUUGAGCAUGGUCCUAAGAUAUUUCCACAAAAAGGGAUGUUAUUUUUUGGAUCAAUAAUGAAGACAUUGAAGUCUUUAAUUGGACCAAAAUAUAAUGGGAAGUAUCUUCAUCAAGUCAUAAAGGAGAAAUUAGGGGAGACUUAUUUACAUGAGACUUUGACUAAUGUUGUUAUUCCAACUUUUGAUAUCAAGAAUCUACAACCAACAAUUUUCUCCACUUUUGAGGCAAGAGAAAAACCAUUAAUGGAUGCUAAGCUUUCAGAUAUAUGCAUUAGCACAUCCGCUGCUCCAACUUAUCUUCCUGCACAUUAUUUCAAGACUCAAGACAAAGAUGACAAUUUCCAUGAGUUCAAUCUUGUUGAUGGUGGAGUCGCAGCUAAUAAUCCAGCCCUUGUUGCUACAAGUCAAGUGACCAAACAAAUAAUGGCUGGAAAUCCAGAUUUUUUUCCAAUUAAACCCAUUGAUUAUGGAAGAUUUUUGGUGAUUUCUGUAGGCACUGGAUCUGCAAAAGUUGAACAAAAAUAUAAUGCUAAAAUUGCAUCAAAAUGGGGUGUAUUGGGAUGGCUACUUAAUGGAGGAUCAACUCCAAUUGUUGAUGUGUUUACUCAAGCAAGUGGUGAUAUGGUUGAUUUUCAUAUUUCUGUUGUUUUCCAAGCUCUUCAUUCCGAAGAAAAUUACCUUCGUAUUCAGGAUGACACAUUAAGUGGAACAGACUCCUCUGUUGACAUAUCAACCAAAGAGAACAUGAACAAAUUGGUUGAAAUUGGGACAAAUUUAUUAAAGAAACCAGUUUCAAGGGUAAAUCUACAGACAGGUCUAUUUGAACAAAGCAAAAAAGAUGACACAAAUGAAGAAACUUUGAAAAGGUUUGCAAAGUUACUUUCACAAGAAAAAAGACUCAGGGACUCCAAGUCACCACAUACAAGCAAAACCUCAGAGUAGAAUAUCAUAUAUAUUUGUUUAGA